AUGCCGAUCACAUAUAAGAUUCGUACUAGAGCCCGAUCUCAAAAGGUCAAAGUGGCUUUUUGGGGCAUGAUCUUGAUGGCAGCUUUUGCAACACUUGGGAUUAUCUACUUCAAAUAUCGAGUAGAGAAGCAGCAAUUCCAUAGUCAACUUUGUGGAGAUAAAGAUCAGAACCUUUAUGAAGAGAUGAAGCUUGCCAAUGGCAUGCGAGUAGUAGUGGUUAGCAACCCAACUACGCCCAUGGCAGCAGCAACUCUCUCAGUCGGUGUUGGUUCAGCCAAUGAUCCUACAGAACAUCCCGGUUUAGCCCAUCUUCUAGAACACAUGCUCUUUAUGGGCAGUGACAAAUAUCCUGUGGAGGAUCACUAUAACAACUUUAUUAGUAGUAAAGGCGGAAUGCGUAAUGCAUUUACUUCUCUUUUUGAAACCACUUAUUUACAUGCCUUACCUGUUCAACAUGGCAAAGAAGCCCUCUCUAUUUUAAGCCGAUUCUUCAUUGAUCCUCUAAUUAGCGAAAAUGCCCUAGAACGAGAAAAGAAGGCCGUUGAUAGUGAGAAGAAAAUGCACCAGUCCAACAACUUUUCUCGGCGGCUUAUUCUCUUGUCCAGUUUCAUCAAAAAGACCCAUCCUAUGUCCAAAUUCACUCUUGGCUCAGAAAAGACCCUAGCCAAUGCUAUCCGGGCUGAUUUAAUGAGCUUCUGGAAGUACCACUACACUCCCCAGAAUAUGACUCUGGUCAUUUUCGGCAAGGAGAGUUUGGAGGAGUUGAAGGGGUAUGCUACUGAGUUCUUUAGUGAUGUCAAGGCCCAUAAAGACGCUAAAUGGGAGUUUUCUGGUGAGCCUACUCAUAUCGAACCUGCCACUAAACGAGACCGUGCUGAUAAGUCCUAUGAUAUUGGAACCAGCGAGAUUAGAAACAAGAUUGUGUACUACCGGCCAUACAAAGACGAAAAGUCUAGUACUCGGCUUACAGUUUACAUCCCUUUGCCAGCAAUGCGAUUUGCUUAUCAAGAACAUACUUUGAGUUUUUUGAUCAAGAUGUUAGAUAACUCCAAUGAUGGUUCUCUCUCUUCAAUCCUUACGAAAAACAACAUUGCAACCUCUAUAGGGCUCUUUGCUCAAAUGGAAAGAGAUGUGACUAUUUUUGGUGCUCAACUUGUUCUAGUCGAUGCUACUCCUGAGAAGAUUGCUAGUGUGUUGAAUCUCCUUGAGACUUAUCUUAACAUGAUCAAAGAAAAUGCCACCGAAACGUUAUACCAGAAGUACGCUAAGCUUAUGCAAAAGCAAAAGGAAUGCCUUGAUCCAACCGAUCAGUUAACAACUACCAUGAUGAUAGCCGGUAACUUGUCCUACCGAUCACUCAAAGACGUGUUCACUGGUGAUUAUGAUUGGACCAGCUUCAACAAAACCGACUUUGAUUAUAUUCUCAGCAUUGUAGCCGACCGGUCCAACUGGAUGGUCUUCGUUGAGACGAAUGAUCUCUUCCCAGGCAAGUCUCUCUUAUCCGACCCGUACUUUGAUGUCAAAUACUUCAUUGAAGACGUCUCUAAGCCAACUGAUGCCACCAUUGAUGCUCUCCAAAGCAAACUUGCUUGGGUAACUGCUGACUUUGGUGAAGAAUUAGACUUUGCUACGGCCCGAAGCCAGAACAUUUCUUAUCCCCUGGGUUCAACCUUCAAGAAAAUCGUAGAAUGCGAUAUCCCGGCCGGCAAAGAAAUCGAACACUUUGCCAUUACAGAAGAUGGUUUUGAAGCUCACUUAAUCCACAAACAAGAUAUUCAUUCUAAAGACGUCUACCUUAUCCUCUGUCUAGGAUGUGAUGAGGUUUACAAGAACAUCAAUACUUUCGUUUCCUUCUCAGGAUAUACAGUGGCCUUCUUGAACAACUUCCUUGUUGCUCAUAAAGAGGAAAUGCAAACCUCAGGCGUAUCUCUUGAUUAUAUUGUGGAAGGAUCAGGAGCCAUUUCACUCUCUUUCACUGGUAACCCACUCGUGCUUGAAGACCUAAUUAGGGUCUUCUUCAAAGAGUUCAGGACAAAGAAAGAAGAACUGCUAACCCAGACUAUCCAUGCCGCAGUAGCUAAACACGAUAGCUUAAAACAGUCAAUUCCUGUUGGUAAGGUCUAUUUAGGGUUUUUGAGAAGCCUAAACUACUACAAGCAUCUAGAUGAUGACGAAUGCAUUAAGGCAGCUCGCGACUUAACUGUUGACAAGUUCUUCUCAGUCACUGAAGCGGAUAUCAAACUAUAUGCCGUCGGUAAUCUUACCCAAUCUGAAUUCUCUCGUAUUUGCCAGCUAAUCAAGACCAAUGUCACGCCCAAUGCCCAGAAGAAGUAUGCUUUACAAAAGCCGGCCAUGACUCAUGUCGAUGUGGCCGUGCAUGACCAGGAAAGCAUUGCUGUCUUAGUAUCUCACGAAGUAACCAAGUUCGCGCCAGUUAAAAACCUUAUUGUCGCCGAUCUUAUCAACCAGUUCAUCUCCAACAAGUUCUUUGAUGAGUUGCGAACCAAGAAGACAUACGGAUACUUAGUCCAGAUGGGUUCUAGUGCUUUAUUCUCUCAAGCUUAUAUCAACUGGAUCGUUCAAACCACCCAUUCUUACGAGGAUACCAAGAAAGAAAUACUUCAGUUCAUUGCGGGUAUCUCCUCAAUCAUCAAGAAUCUUCCUUCUACUGAGUUUGAAACAACCAAGCAGUCACUAAUUGCGCUUUACCAGAGCAAAGCCAAUAAUGCAUCAGAAUACCUCGGCCGACGCCUUAACUUCUGGCGCUUCCAUGGCUUUGACAUCAAUAGUAUGGACAAAAUAGUCGGCUUGGCUACUGCUAUAACCCAAGAAGAACUGGCCAACUACUGUGCCACCGAACUCUCCAAAAACAUCACCACCAUACUUGCUUCUAACAAAGUAAUUAAUACAGCUUAG